AUGUUAUAUAAAGCUUUUAUAUUUAUAAUUUUAUUAAAUUAUGUGAUUUCACUGAAAUUGAUUAAAAAAAAAAAAGCAAAUUUUUUUUUAAAUAAUAUUUCCAAUAAAAAAUAUAAUAAAUAUGCAUUAUAUAAUAAUCAGUCUUACUUUGGUUCUAAAUAUGUAUUUAAUAGAAUUUUUAAUGACAAUAUAAAACAAAAAGGAGAUAAGGCAAGUGAAUUAUUGCAACGAGCUAAUUAUGUAAAGGAUAUUAAUGGGUUAUUUAAUAUAUUACCACUAGGAUUGAGAGUAAUUAAUAAAAUAAUACAUUUAAUAAAUAGGCAUUUAGAAAAGCUAAACUCACAUUGUUUAAGCUUAAGUAUUCUUCAAACAAAAAGAUUAUGGAAUUUAUCAGAUAGAUCUAAAUUGUAUAGUGAUGAAUUUUUAUAUGUUUACAAACAAAAACAAGGAAAAGCUGAUAAGUGCUCAGAAGAAACUAUAAAAAAAAAAAUUGAAGAUGAUGGAAAUAUUUUGAGUCCGACUUGUGAAGAAUCUUCUUUAGCUCUGAUUAAUCAAAUUUAUAAUGAAAAUGUAACUUUAAAAAGUUUACCAAUCCUGAUACAUCAAUAUAAUUAUAAAUUUAGAAAUGAAAAAAGAUUAGAAAAAAGUCUUUUUAAGAGUAAAGAAUUUUUAAUGAAAGAUGGCUAUUCGUUUCACAGUAAUGAAAAAUGUUUGAGUGAAAUUUACGAAGUAUAUAAAGAAUGUUAUAAAAAUAUAUUUGAAGAAUUAAAUUUAACUUUUAAUAUUGUAAAAAAAAGAAAAAAAGAUAAAAUGAAUGCUUUAGAAAGCCAUGAAUUUCAGGUAUUAUGUAGAGAUGGAAAAUUUAAAGAAGCUGGACAUAUUUUCAAAUUGGGAGAUUAUUAUUCACAAAAAUUAGACAUAAAAUAUUUAAACAAAAAAAAUGAAAAAAAAAACAUUUUUAUGGGUUCUUAUGGGAUAGGGAUUUUCAGGCUGUUAUAUUUUUUAAUCGAUCAUUUUUAUGAUGACGAUGGAAUAAAAUUACCUGAACAAGUAAGCCCUUUUACGAUUUAUUUAAUACAGACAAAUCAGAAAAGUAAAUAUUCAUCAAAAAAAAUUGAUAGUAUUUUAAGAAAAUUUAAAGACAGUGAUAUUAAAGAUGAUAUAAAUAAUAAAGAAGAGAGUAUAAAAAAUUAUGAAAAAAAUAAUGUACAGGAGAAUGAAGAAAAAAAUGGUGAUCUACUUAAUGUAAUGCCUUAUAAUUCUUUAAAUAGUAAUGAUAUUGAAUAUAUACUAACAUUAUGGUUAUAUAAUUCAUUUAAAAAUAAUAAUAUAGAUAUAUAUUAUGAUGAUACUGAUUUACAUUUAUCGAGAAAAUUAAAACAUUGCGAUCUAAUAGGAGUAAAAAAUAGAAUUAUAAUAAAUUUAAAUAAUUUAGAUAAAAAAAUAAAAUUACCUAUAGAUUUUUACAACUAUAUAGAUAGUUCUAAAAAUAUCCUAUUAAAUAAGUUAUAUUUUACAUUUCAGAAUGUUAAGAUUGAAUAUAAAAAUCGUUUUUCAAAUCAAACAAAAAUGAUGACUAUUCAUGAAUUAUUUAAAUAUUUUAAACUUAUUUAA